AUGGCUUUCUCCACCUCCGUGUCGCUUUUUCUACUGAUUUCAGCGAUCAGCUGUUGGACCUUAGUUUAUGGAGACUUGCGAGCAGAUCUGAAGGAUUUUGUGGCUCUAGUUCCACGCCGACGAAUUGGUUUUAUAGCGGCCAGAUACUAUAUCUUCGAUCACAAAUUCCGACAGGCAGUCGACUUUAUUCGCAGCGAUGAGUUCCUAACUACCUGGCAGCAAGUUCGGGCCGCUCCAGAUUUUGUGAAUAUCAUUAACUAUCUAAGCGACUACGGCUCGGGCUAUGAUAUCACUACUCUUGUGGACAGUUUGCCAACUCGAUUGCGUGCCUAUCAGCUGUCGCGCACUGUACCCGUGGAACUGAUGUUAAGGCGUGACUUAACAACAUUUCUGUGGGAUGUUCUUCAUAGUCUACCCCGAACCAGAAUCUAUUCGUUAAUUUCACAAAAAAAUCGACAGAGUAGCGAGUUUGCCAAGCUCUACAAGGCUCUCAGGGAUAAGGAGUUCAAGGAGCUGGUGCAGCGUGCCCGGCGUUCGGAACCACUGCAAGCUCCUCUAAAAAAGUUGAACCAAAAAAGCAUUAAUGUCGAUGAACUGCUCCAAAUAAUGUUUGAGGUUAUCAGUUGGGGUCCCCAGAUUUCUUAACUGAUAUUAAGGUGCAAAAGGUUAUCCCUAUCUUAUUUAUUUAUUUAUUUCAUAACAAAAUGAAAACUCAGCACUAGCUUAAUUGUAAGAACAGCAUUUUAUUUAUGUAUUUAUGAAAAAUAAAAUAAUGUUUGUGGCUAAAGUAAACAAAUGCAUUGAUGAGACAGACACAUUUUGUUUGCUUAACCAAUUUUGGUUUAGUUUUUUAAUAGUUCAAUUUCAAGU